CAAAAAUUAAGCAGUGUAGGAGCGACAAUGGUGCCUACUACUACUGUCAUGAGAUGCUCUCCCGGCAACGCAUUCUUCAGAGCUCUCAAACCCAUUUCCCGAAAUCCGAACCUUUCCAAUUCACUUCCACUUUCUUCAUCUUCAUCGCCGAUCACCAAAGGUGGAUCAAGCUUCUCUCAUGGCGGCGGGAGAGCAUACGAUGCAUUGUUGUUGGAUGCUGGAGGUACCCUCUUGCAGUUGACCAAUCCUGUUGCAGAUACUUAUGCCGCUAUUGGAUCCAAAUAUGGUUUGACUGUGAAUCCAGCUGAGAUAAAACAAGGUUUUAAGAGAGCAUUUACUGCUCAAUGGCCUGAAAAACUACGUUACCAGGGUGAUGGGAGGCCAUUUUGGAAAUUUGUAGUUUCUGAAGCCACUGGUUGUGGAGACGAAGACUUUUUUGAGGAAGUUUAUGAGUACUAUGCAAAAGGUGAUGCAUGGCAUCUUCCAAAUGGAGCUCUUGAAACAAUGACUCUUCUCAAGGAUGCUGGAGUUAAGAUGGCUGUUGUAUCCAAUUUUGACUCCCGCUUAAGGAAGCUAUUGAAGGAUCUUAAUGUUUUACAUCUAUUUGAUGCUGUCAUUAUAUCAUCAGAGGUUGGAUAUGAAAAGCCAGACCCAAGAAUAUUUCAAGCUGCUCUAGAUCAAGUAAAUGUAGAGGCUGGCAAAGCCUUGCACAUUGGAGAUGAUCUAAAGGCAGAUAAACUGGGGGCCAAUGCUGUAGGGAUAGAUUGUUGGUUAUUGGGUAUUGAUGUGAAGACAUUCUUUGAGAUACAAACCCGCAUCCUCAUUCCAGAGGCAUAAUGUUUCUUAUGGCUGUCAAUAUGCAAAACAUUGUCAGAUUUUUGUGUGCUUGAUCGUUGUAAUGUUUAGAGCUGACAACUGAAAGCAAUAACUAGGAGUCUAUGUUAGAUUUGUUGUGUACGUUUUUGUUAUUUCAAUAAAGACCUAUUCUUUAGGUUAGAACAGGUCAUUUUUCUGUUUUGCUAAAUUCUCGUUAUUAGUGGAGCUAGUUGAGUCAUGUCCUUUAUUUUAGGAUUUUCAGUUGUUUGCAGUUUUUUUAUGUAUUUCCUAUAAAAGGCAUUGGAACCUAUGAAUAAGGCAGAUCAUUUUCUGGUGCA